AAACCCUAACCAUCCAUUGGCGCAGCCAUGGAAAAUUGGUGAUAUCUGACACUAUCAUCCAAAAUCAUGAUUAAAAUAUUUAAAAGAAUUAACGGUCCUGAUUUGUGGGGAAGAACAACUCUUGAUUGAUGGGUUUGUGUAGAAACCAAGAGAAGAGACAACUAGACAGUCGGUCUUUUCGUCCAAAAGGCACCUUCUUCUCCUCUUCCUCCUCUCUCAUAGUAAGACAUAGCCAAAUAGUGCCUAUUUCCAUCUUCCCUCUUUCACAUAUCAACUAAUUGUAGUCUUUAACCCAUUUAUUUUUUACCAAAUCCUAUCUAAGAUCCUUCACUUAAUUUCUCUUCUUAGUUUCGCUAAAAGACGAAUCUUUGUUUUCCAUAAAAACUUGAUUACUAGUUUUUGUUAAUUUUCCCAUUUUGUUCUAAUAAUUCAUUUUUUCCCUUUUUCAGUCACUAGUUAAUACCUCUCUUUCGAUCCCCAAUCAAUAUGGCCACAAGAAAUCCUUUGUGCACAAACCCAAAACCUUGUAAGCAUCUUGCCGAUUACAAGCUGAGGCAUGGCUUAAGUGGCUAUCAAUCUCUUCAAAAUUACCUUAAAGCUACUCCAAAUGGAAGAACCAGCAUUUAUACGUGUGAGACAAAGAUACCUAACUGCAGUGUUUGUAAUGGGUAUCAAGGUAGAUUCUUUCUAUGUUUGGUUUGCUCGUCGAUCUCAUGCUCAAGACACACCCUUUUGCAUACCCAAUCAGAGAAUGGUCAUGAUAUAGCUGUUGACAUUGAAAGAUCGGAGCUUUAUUGUUGUUUGUGCAGUGAUCAGGUUUAUGAUCCUGAUUUUGAUAAGGUUGUCGUGUCCAAAAGCAUGAUGGACAUGUCAGAUAAUACUCAGACCUUUAACGAUGGCAUAAGGAGAUCAAGGAAGAGGAGGAAAUUGUAUUCAUUGGUGGAUUUGGAUUUAGAGAAAUCUAGACAGUUGAUUUCGAUGAGGGAUCGGAGGGAAAAAUCCUGUUAUCCUCUGGGAUUAAGAGGAUUAAACAAUUUGGGCAGCACUUGCUUCUUGAACUCUGUGUUGCAAGCAUUACUUCAUGCACCUCCUUUCAGAAAUUACUUCUUGAGUGAUCGGCAUGAUCGUGAAGCUUGUAGGAAAAGAUCAUCAGAUCAGUCAUGUUUGGCUUGCAAUAUUGAUGUUAUUUUCUCAGCUUUGUAUUCUGGGGAUCGGACUCCGUACAGCCCAGCGCAGUUUCUUUACAGUUGGUGGCAGCAUUCAGCAAAUUUAGCUAGUUACGAGCAGCAGGAUGCUCAUGAAUUCUUCAUUUCAUUGUUAGAUGCAAUCCAUGAGAGGGAAGUAAAUGGAAGAACCCUGAGUAAAGAUAAUGGAGAUUGUCAGUGUAUUGCUCAUAGGGUUUUCUCGGGGACGUUGAGAUCAGAUGUCACUUGCAUGACCUGUGGGUUUACUUCAACAACUUACGACCCUUGUCUUGACAUUUCACUUGACAUGGACUCAAGUAUACUGUCUUCCACUGAUGUAGCUAACAAGUCUGUUGGGUUGAAUGAGAACUCAGGCAGAUGUACUCUUUCGUCCUGUUUGGAUUUGUUUACAAGGCCUGAGAAGUUGGGGUCGGACCAGAAAUUUUAUUGCCAAAAUUGUCAAGAAAAACAGGACUCAUAUAAGCAAAUGUCAAUUCAAAGGCUCCCACUGGUGUUAUCUUUACAUGUCAAACGGUUUGAGCAUUCAACAGUUAGAAAAAUGUCAAGAAAAAUAGAUUGGCAUCUGCAAUUUCCAUUCUUCUUAGACAUGACUUCAUAUAUGUCAUCCUCAAUUGUCAGAAAGAGGUUUGGGAAUAGAAUUUUUUCUUUCGAGAAUGAUGAAGCAGAUAUCUCUGCAGAAUUUGAGAUUUUUGCUGUUAUCACCCAUUCAGGAAUGCUAGAAUCGGGGCACUAUGUGACUUAUCUUCGUUUAAGAAACCAGUGGUACAAAUGUGAUGAUGCGUGGAUUACCGAGGUUGAUGAAACAAUAGUAAGGGCUUCUCAGUGUUAUAUGAUAUUCUAUGUACAGAAAAUGUUUUACUGCAAAGCAAACGAGGAUUUGAGUUGCAUACCAAUGCCCCCAAGAAGAGAUCCAUUUCUUCCUAUUGCCGGUUGUUGCUAAAGUGGGGUUCUUGGACUAUGAUUGUUGUUGGUAAUUGGCAGAAUCAGAAAGGACUGAUAAUUUCCUCCAAGGCCAUUUACAUCCCAAUUGAGAUGAAAGAAACAGAAGUUUUCAUGGAUGGAUCGUGCUUUCAGAGAAAAUUGCUCAUCAAAUAGGAAAUCAUAUUUUACUUCUGGAUGAGGGUUGCACUAGGCCAAGAAGAAAUCUCAUUUGACUGCUACAACCAAGGUUGAGCCAUGGAAGAAACAAUUGCCAAGAACCAAGUUGUGGGUUCAUGAAGACUAUCCAUCUAAAAAACCCAUAAGUUGCUGGUUUAAGUUGCACCUACCUAACAUGAUAUUUCAAUGGUUAGACUGUAUGAUUAUAAGUUCUGAGAAAUAUUGCCAGAAAGUGGAGAUUUCUCUACAUGUUUCUGUUCUUUGCAUGACUUUUUCUUGGUAAUUCUUUGACUGCAGGUCAGUCAUGUACUUGAUUAUAUAUUUGUUCAUUUAAAAUUAAUGGAGAAUCAUAUACCCUAUUUAGCGCCUGAAA